CGCUGUCUCCUAUUAUGAGCAACUUAAAUAAAUGAUCAUAGUCUCUGGCCAUUUUCGACUAAUUUUCGUUUCACCUUUUCCUCGGAAACAUUAAUUAUAAACGUUUUUUAACGCUAUAUCGCCGAAAUAAACAGCCAGCGAAUUAUAAUCUGUCAAAAUUGUGACAUUCCGUGUCGAUGACGUCAUUUCGAGCACUGCUGCCAACCUUGGAAACGAAACGUCAGAUUACCACCAACGAAGUAAACAAAUAGACAGCAAAUGGUAUUAUUGUUGUAUUAAUGUGCAAUUCUAUUGAAAAUGUGUAACAAAUCCUAUUCAAAACAGAAUUUAUUUGGUAUUUUUUAUCGACUAAAUGCCCAAUAAGUUAGCAAAACUAUUAUAAGGUGUUCUCUAUGGUUCUAAUUUGUUAUCUAUGGUUCUAAUGUUAAUGGUAUUAAACGUCAAACAAUGUCAAAAUAGUGAGGAAUCUAUUUUCUAUGUUAUUUUACUAAAAGUAAGCUAUGAAAUUUAGCAUAAACUGCUUUAAAGAUGGAUAAAUACGCCGUUGAUUUAGACCAACUUUUGAACGAUUUUGAAUACAGUGAGCUCACCGAUAAUUAUCCUAUUGUUCAAAGGAAUAUUGAAUCUACAUCACUGAGUCAAAAUGGUAUCGUUAAACAUUCCAUAAACAAUGUUUUUCACAGCUUAAACGAGUAUUUGAACACUGAUAUCACUCCUAAACCCAGCAGUACUGUUUUUGAACCAAACUUAGUGGAUUCUAGCACCAAUAUACAAGUAUCUAAAGACAAUAAUAAUGAAGCUUUAUGUGGUAGCCUAGAAGUAGAAAAUAAUGAAGAACUAAUAGAUAUUAGUAGCGCAAAUGAAGAAAUUAAAGUAGAUAAAAGCACCAAACAAAUUAUUGAAGAAACAAAGGAGAUCAUUGAGGAAAAUUUGACCCAUAUAGAAGAGGUUAUAGAAAACGUGGAAAAUGAAGAAAUUGAAGACCAAACCACUGAAAUAAUUGAAGACCAAACCACUGAAAUAAUUGAUGUGGAACAAAGUCAAAAUUUAUCCAAGACAAGCAGUGAAGAUUCAGUGAUUUUGGAAGAUUUAAAAGAAGAAGAAAUAAAUUUAAUAAAAGAAGAAACAAAUGUAAUAAAAGAAGAAGAAAUAGAUGCAAUAAAAGAAGAAACAAAUGUAAUUACAGAGGAAGAAAUAAAUUUAGUGGAAGAAGAUACAAAUGUAAAUGCAAUAGAAGAAUUGGUGGAAGAUGUAGUUGCAAUUGAAGAAAAUUCAAUAAAAGAAGAAGAAACAAAAGUAGCAACUGUUGGUUUUGAUGAAGAACUGGAAAUAAACGAGGCUGAGUUAAAUGAUAUGUUGGAACAAUUAGAAGAUGAGUUUGAAGAUACACAUGAAGAGUUACAAUUAAAAAAUGAAGAAACUGUUGAUAUCAAAGAAAAUAUUGCUACUGAAACAGUCACUAAUAAAAUUAAAGAAAUAGCAGAUAAUGAAGAACCAAGUGAUACUUUGAAAGACAAUGAUGAAAUCAUAGAGAAAAGUCAAAAAGAAAUACAUAGGCCUGAUCAUUUACCAUUAAAUAUUGAUGCUGAAGUGAAUGUUAAAAAAAUUGAUUUGAUAGGAGAGCCUGGUUCAACGCCCUACAACAACGUUUACAAAGAUCUCGCGGUUUGUAAGGCACCUGUACCGCCAUCUGCCGACGAGGUCGGCUCCGACGCUGAAAAGGCGUCGGAAGUGACGUCAUCGGCGCCGCCAGUAACUCGCGAGAGCGACAGCGAGUUUUCGUCGUCGUCGUCGUCGACGUCGUUUAGCGACGCUUCAAGUAGCGACACGGCGUCAACUUGUAGCGCUGACAACGUAUCUACCGCCGUGCAGGUCAAGCAGUACAAAAAGGACCCGCGCAACAAGGCAAGCAUGAGCAAAAAUCGCGAAAACCCAAAGAGCGAAGAAGAAAACACUGCUACAAACAGUCGAGUGGAAAAUUUGGAAGUUGUCGCCACUGAAAACGAGUUGUCUAGUCAACAAAACGAUACCGAAGAGGCAGUCGGUCUUAGCGAUGAAGUGGUAAACGAUUUGGGAGAAAAUUUGGCCCAACAGCACAGGGAAAACACGGAUAAUGAUGAAAACACCUCCGAAGAUGUUUUGGGUGACGGCGCUCCCUAUUGGAUGCCGGACCACGAAUCCGACAAGUGUCUUCACUGCGAUGCCAAGUUUACGGUUAUCAAGCGACGGCAUCACUGCCGAGCAUGCGGAAAGCUGCUCUGCUCGAAGUGCUGCAACCAGAAGCACAGGCUUCGAUACCUCGACGCGGAGGCGCGCGUUUGCCACGUCUGCCUUGACGAGCUCGAGCGCGUCGACGAGCGGCGCGGUGGGGCGGCGGGCGGCGAAGGGGGCGGCGCGGUCGGCGCUUCGUCGUCGCCGCCCGCCCCGCGCCGCCCCAACCCGAACAACCCCGAGGAGUACUGCUCGACGGUGAGCCCGUUGGAGCAGAUGGGGGCGGCCAGUUUGCCGCCCCCGCCCGUCGUCAUGGUGCCCGCCAGCGUGCUCAAGAGGAAAGGUUCCAAUAAAACGAAACACAACAAGACCGUGAUGUUUUGCGACGGGAUAAGGCCGGGCAGCGACCUCACAAAUCUCGACAACGAUUUCAAUUACAGCAAGGCCAAAUUGGCGGCGACGAAAAAACCGGAAAAAUCCGCCCCCGCCCGUACGAAACCGAACCUUCCGCAACUAGAUCCGGUUUCUAAGAGCUUCAUACCGAAGGCGGAACAAGGUCUACCGCCCAUCGCCACCUUCCACAAAUCUGAAAUCACCUACAAAGAUUGCGAUAACACUGAAGCCCUAGUAGAAUCUCUGAGAACCGAUAAAAUAUGUUUUGCUUUGAACCUGAACCUCUUUGUUCACGUCAAAAUUGUAAACAUGGACUGUUGCGUAAACAAGGUGGCGUGGUGUUUUUCCUCGGAAGGUUUGAUAAACGUGGGGCAGGACGAGGUCGUCUACCUCUUGGAGGUCAUCGAGGGGGAAAAUCAACUCCCCAAGGACAUGUUCCACCACAUUAACAGCGUUUACUUGGAGGCGGUGAAAGGAUCUUCCGUCAAGGAGUUGGGCUUGUCUUUGCACAGCGCGUCCAACUUUUUAGACAGCAAGAAUCACGCCGGGUUCGUUUACAUCAAGCCCACCUUUCAGUGCCUGCAAAACAUUGUCGUUCCGAAGGAACCGUAUCUGAUUGGGAUAUUGAUUCACAGAUGGGAAACUCCUUGGGCCAAACUCUUUCCGCUCCGGCUCAUCCUGAGAUUCGGCGCUCUGUACAGAUACUACCCGAGCCCGAUCAUUUCCACCCGACAUCGAGACAGCGUUUUCGUGGAAAUCGGACACACCAUCAUAAAUCUGCUCGCUGACUUCAGAAACUAUUCUUACACGCUGCCGCAAAUUAGAGGCCUGACGAUACACAUGGAAGAUAAGAAUACGACCGUUACGAUACCCGUCAACAGAUACGAUCAGGUGAUGCGGUCGGUCAACAAUUCUACCGAUCAUAUUUUAGCGUUUGCCGGAAACUUCAGUCAAGAAGCCGAUUCGCACUUGGUGUGCAUUCAAGACACUCAAAACAACGAAAACUGUUACAGCACGCACGCGAUUAACAUACACAGCAAGCCGAGAAAAAUAACCGGCGCCAGCUUCAUAGUGUUCAACGGGGCGUUAAAGUCGUCGAGCGGGCUCACCGCCAAGUCGAACAUCGUCGAGGACGGCCUCAUGAUCCAGGUGCUGCCCGAGCACAUGCUCGAGAUACGCGACAGCCUGCGCUCGAUGCGGAACUUCACGGUGAAGUGCGGCUGCGUCGACUCGACCGGCGACGAGAGCGUGCACAUCGCGUGGGGCAACGACGAACUGAACUUCAACUCGGGAGUGUUUUCCUCCAUCGAUGACACUUCGAUGGCGGGCGUUCCCUCGAUCAGGGUCCACAACGGAAAAGACUUCGUUUCCAACUGCGGCAGGUUGAUCAAAUGGACGGAAGUUUUUAUAAUACAGAACAAUGACGAUUCGCAGAAAAACCGCGACCCAGUGGAUAUAUCAAAAGUUUCCGAAAAUAUAGCCAAAGCAACUUGUAGCGCCUUGGUCAAGUACUUGGAUCUUUUGGUUAGCAACAGCAUAUUUAAAAUUGGAAUCAGGACGACUUUGCAUGUGGAAAAUGUGUCUUACUUGGCGGGGGGAAAUAAUAAAAAAUUACCGCCGAUCUACAUGAAGAGCUUGGAUAACGAGCUGAUACCGGUUCUGCAUCGUAUUACGUCAAACAAUCUGGGAGAAAAUGCAAUAGUUUUAGAAUUAGUGUUUCGUAUUUUGAAUACGUAAAAAUUACGUUUUUUAUUAAUUUUAUUUUAAAGAUCUGUGUAUUAGUACAGUCAAUAUGUCGGAAAAAAUUGACAUUUUUUUUUCAUGGAUCGUUUGUGGUUAACCCCAACUUUGUUGUUUUUUUUUUAAUUAUUUCUCGGAAACGGUAAGUUUAAAAAAAUAAAAUUAUAGACAAAAAAUGUAGGGGAUGAAAACUACGAAAGGUAGAUGGCGCUAAAGUUCCCAAAAAAGUACUAUGAAAAAAAAAAGUCGAUUUUAACCCGGUUAAAUUCAACCGAUUUAGCUGAAAUUUUACACAUCAAGGGUGUGUAGAAAACGAUAAGAAAGUUACUAAUUAAAUUUUGAGACUAAAAAGUAAAAAAAAAAAGUUGAGGUUAUGAUUUUAUUCAUGCGAAAAAAAAUCCUGGUCAAUUGUUUCCGAAAAUUAUUACAAAUUGAUUGUAGUACUAAUAUGAUAAGCAAAAGGAUCUUAAACCACAACAAAAAUUCAUAUUUUUUGUGUGGAAUAAUCUGUACAGUCGUACCAACCUGUAUAGCCGAUUCACCAAAUGAAAAAUCGCUUCAUAAUACAAAAAAUAUUUUAUAUAUAAAACUUUUAAUGUGAUAUCGAUAUUUUUAAAAUUUUAUUUUCGUAGGUUUCUAAGCUUCAUUUAAAUUUAUUUUUAGCGCUUUUUCAUUUUUUAAAGCGACUAUAUAUAUGUUUAUAGAUUUAUUUAUUUAAGGGUCAAUUUAUAUUUAAGUCUGAAACCUAGUAAUAAACACAGCGUUACAUUUAUAAAUAUAUUGCAAUUAAAAUGUAUGUAUAGCGGGAAAUAUUCCUUUACAGGGUUGGAGAUAAAAAAUAUAUGUAUAAAUCUAUCUAACCUUAAUUGUUAAAAUAAAGAUAUAACACCA